CUAAACUCUUGCCGCCGCGGAAAUUGGGAAGGGGAAAAUGGGAUUAUCGGACGGCGGAAAGAAGAUGCCGCUCGCAAGAUGGGCCCUGAGCGUCGUGGUCUUAUGCGAGGUUGUCUUUGGCCUCUACUUUCCUAGGAGAGAAUAUCAUGAGAAUGUCUAUCUUGAGCAACCAGGGGGAACUUCUCUGUUGCAGAUUCACGCUUUGAAAGAUUCAGAGGAUGAAGAGGUCUACUUUUGGCUGUGCCCGCAGCUCCACAUUCCACGAGCUGGAGCCAAAGACAAUCUCUGGUUUCAAAUCAGUGAGAAAACAGGACUUCUUUUCCUCAAUAAGAGUCUGGAUAGAGAAGACUUUGAUACACUGUUUGCGGGGAAUUGGAUGUCAAUGCCAAAGCUUAUACUUCAGGUUUACCUUACCUCCCGGCCUUUCCAAGGAAGAGAAUGUCGAGAAUCGUACACAAAGGCACUGGUGAAACUUUCUGUUGUCAAUGCCACCAUGCCAGCUUGUGGCUCCCUGAUGCCAAGCCAGCUGUGUUUUGCCGACACAGACCUCUCUUUUCACAUCAAGGAGAACAAACCACCUGGGACAUUUCAUCAGCUCCAGCGAUUUGCUCUACAACAGCAGUGCCAGAAUGCAAGCAUUUCUUACACGAUUAUAGCAGAUGAAGGACUGCCAUUUCAUUACAAUGAGGAUAUCACAAGUAUUAGAGUGGCACAGACGUUGGAUCGGGAAGAACGGGAGAAGUAUGAGUUGAUCGCUAAGUGUACUGUAAGAGAAGGUUCCAAGGAAACUUCCACAGAGGUGCCCUUACUUGUAAAUGUCUUUGAUGAAGAUGACAUGCCACCCUUUCUGCCCAAUGGCACUAGCACAACGGAUGCUGUGGUGGAGUUUAGCAGGAAAGAGGGCACUGUUUUAGCGGCACUAAUGGUCUAUGACGCAGAUACCACCCCUAUUUUCCCUAUAGAGAGUAGCAGGAAGAAGUACACGGGCAUCAUAAAUUCAUCUGAUCCAUGGAUUAAGGAAACUUUUCGAGCGGAGCAUAUUUUUCAUGAGAUCUCUUUCAGGCCAAAUGGCAGCCAAGUGAGGGGAACACGACAUGAAUACAAACUGGUAUUAAACAAGAACAUUUCAGUUACGGAAAGCCGCUCCUUCCAACUAGAUGUUAUUGUGAAUGACACGGAAUACCAGGGACCUAAUAAAUCCUUGACGCUACACUUCAAUGUCUCCGUUCUUCCAAUCAGCAUCCAGUUUUCAAAUGUGACAUAUCACUUCACAGUAAACAGAAAUGCUGCCAACUUUUCACAAAUUGGAAAACUCUGCAUCGACAACUGUAUGAGGUUUUAUGGGGUCAAUGUCACCUAUAGUUUACAGACCCCCAAUGUCAGCUGCUAUGCUGUGACAAUCGCCCAAGGCCAAGAGGGCAAGUUUGGAAUCCUGUAUGUAAACAAUUCCGCUGUGCUACAAAGACAUGAUUGCAAAGAAAUACAGUAUCCUGUGAUAGCUAGAGAAGAGCGGAGCAAGAAAGAAGCAUACACCCUUCUCACAAUUGUGCUUGAUGGAUCCCUUAUCCAUAAUGAUGAUGACUGUCCAGAUUCCUGUGCUGUGAGUAAGACCCGAUCAGAAUGCGAAGAGUGUGGUGGUGUUGGAGUGCUGAUGGGGAAGUGUCAGUGGAGACAGGGAAGUGGGAAAGGAAUAACUACAAACUAUUCCACCUGCAGUCCGAGCAUCAAGACUUGUCCCGAUGGUACCUGUGAUGCUGUUGAAAUCAAAGAUGAAAAAAUAUGCCCUCAAGACUGUACAAGGGCCAACAUCGUUGGUGGUCAUCAGAAAGGGGUUCUUGGGACUGGAAUCAGGGCAGGACAUGGAGUUUGUCACUGCUUUCCAGAUAUAAGCUGUUAUUGUGAGAAGGAUGAUAUCCGAGAACCAUUGUGUGAUGACAUGUGCAAAACGGUGAUUGCAGGUGGAGUCCUCCUUUCCUUCAUUAUUUCAGUGCUCCUUUCUUCCUACUUCAUCCAUCGCUACCACAAGAAUUCUCCAAAGCCACCUAUUGCCUCAGCAGAGAUGACUUUCCGGCGCCCAGCCCAGUCCUAUCCGAUAAGCUACUCAUCUACUAAUGUCCGUCGACCAUCAGUGGAUUCUGAGAACCAGAUGUCGGUAGACAAUUUUAAAAUACCUGAGGAUCCAAAGUGGGAAUUUCCUCGAAAGAACCUGGUGCUUGGCAAGACACUUGGAGAGGGAGAAUUUGGGAAAGUUGUCAAGGCGACUGCGUUCAGGCUGAAAGGGAAAGCUGGCUAUACCACUGUUGCAGUCAAAAUGCUAAAAGAAAAUGCUUCCCAAAGUGAGCUCAGAGAUCUGCAUUCUGAGUUCACUCUUUUGAAACAGGUCAACCAUCAACAUGUCAUCAAACUUUAUGGAGCUUGCAGCCAGGGCGGGCCUUUGUAUUUAAUAGUGGAAUAUGCCAAAUAUGGUUCUUUGCGGAGUUUUCUGAGAGAAAGCCGAAAAGUUGGGACCAGCUAUGUAGGAAGUGAGGGGAACAGGAAUUCCAGCUACUUGGAUAACCCAGAUGAGAGAGCCUUAACCAUGGGUGACCUGAUCUCGUUCGCAUGGCAGAUAUCUCGUGGAAUGCAGUACCUUGCUGAAAUGAAGCUUGUACAUCGUGAUUUAGCUGCCAGAAAUGUCUUAGUCGCGGAAGGACGUAAAAUGAAGAUCUCUGAUUUUGGUCUUUCACGGGAUGUUUAUGAAGAAGACUCUUAUGUCAAGAGAAGCAAGGGCCGGAUACCUGUAAAAUGGAUGGCGAUAGAAUCUCUCUUUGAUCACAUCUACACAACCCAAAGUGAUGUAUGGUCUUUUGGAGUUCUGCUUUGGGAGAUAGUCACUCUGGGAGGUAACCCCUAUCCAGGUAUUGCUCCUGAGAGACUAUUUAACCUCUUAAAAACAGGCUAUAGAAUGGAAAAGCCAGAAAACUGCAGUGAGGAAAUGUACAACGUGAUGCUUCGCUGUUGGAAGCAGGAACCAGAUAAGAGACCAACAUUUGCAGAGAUUAGUAAAGAAUUAGAGAAGAUGAUGGUAAAGAGUAGGGACUAUUUAGACCUUGCUGCUUCCACCCCUUCUGACUCGCUGCUUUAUGAUGAUGGACUCUCAGAAGAGGAAACACCCCUCGUGGAUUGUAAUAAUGCUCCCCUCCCUCGAACCCUCCCUUCCACAUGGAUUGAAAACAAACUCUAUGGCAUGUCAUACCCGAACUGGCCUGAAGAGAGCCCCGCUCCACACACAAGAUGCGAUGGCCCUAAGUCUGUCUUUUCAAGAUAUGCAAAUGAUAGUGUAUAUGCUAACUGGAUGGUUUCACCCUCAGCGGCAAAAUUAAUGGACAAGUUUGAUAGUUAACAAUUUCUUGGUGAAAGGUAAUGACUCAGGAGGGGAGCAAAUGUCCAAAGAAUGGUCAUCCUCUUGGCUCAUUCUUUGUAUAAUAAGAACUGGUUGAAGCAACAGGAAUUACUAGAAUGGGAAACUUCCCCCCUACUUUUAGUAGUCGCUAAAGUGGUGUUUUCCCCCUCUUGUGAUAAAUACUAUAACUGAGUUACUCCCCUUUCAAAGGCAUAUCAAACUGGGUCACUUGAUAGUUCCAGUGUUUAGGGGGAGUAUUUUUUGCCAUUGUCUAAGUAAUCUGUGUUGGUAGAUAUGUAUUAGUUGUGGCCAGUGGACUUCAUCCUUACAGUGUUCAGGGCAAUGGCCCAGUGCUGGAACCGUCAUAAAGGGGUGUGGUGGAGGAAGGGAAACCCUGUUGUUGCAUUAUAUACUGUGAUUUCUAUGGUCAUUGCUGAGAAAAGGCAAAUUGAUCAAAGUAUGAAGCACAAAUUAUGUUACGGGAACAAUCUAUGCCCCAAAUUCCUGAGCUUGCUGUAUAGUUUUACCAUGUUGUUGGCAGUAACAAAUCCUGAGUUGAAGGGGUUUUGGAACCAAGAACACCUGAGCGGCUCAAGUCAGUACUGAGAGUCAGCUUUUGGAGUCUCAGAAACAUGCGGAAAUGUAUUGUUCUGUCUUAACUGGAAAACAGAUUUCUUAAAUCAGGGUUAAACUGUUCUUACCUUUAGCACAAUGGAAAACUUUGAUACAAGAUAUAGUUUUAAGAGAAACAUGAUCACAAAGUACCCACCUCACACAACUAAUUUUCCUUCACAUCCAUUUCACAGAUCUCUGAAUGUGCUCAGAACUAAAAUGAGCCAAUAAUACAAAGGGAUCUGGUUUGAAAUCAUACCAAGAGGAUUUUCAGUCCUUUCUGCUCAAAAAAGUCUUGCCAUCCAUUGCAUAACCAGUGGGACAGUGCAGAAAUGGUACUGUUUCAUUGUUAAUGCAUUCUCUCUCCUUCCCUCUUUAAUUGCAGAAAAACAAUCAACAGUUACUGAAACUGACCAUGAGCAAGAUUAAUUGAGGUUCCCUGUACCUUAGGAUCUGAGACUACUGUUGUACACAGAUGGCCUUUCAAAAUUCUCCAUCCUGUUUGUGGGCAGAGAAUUUCCAAGGGAAGGAGAAAUUUGCCAACAAUUUUUGUAAUGUGGGGCUUAGAUGUGUAGCAAAGCUUUGGGGGUUCCUCCUCCUAAGAAUGUUUUUUUUCUCUCAUGCCCCUGAAAGUGGUGGCAUGAUUCACUGCAUUGACUGCCUUUUUAGGGCCUGUCCAGAUGGGGGAAUUUGGAGUGGGCUUGUUCACACUUAAAAGGUUCUUAUCUUCAGUGUUAUUUAUUUCAUCUCUCACUUAAGCGAUCCUUUGGUUCACACUGGAUAUGUUUAUUCUCCUGUGAGAAGGAUCCAUACAGGUCUUUGGAUUAUCGGUUUACUUGUGAGCAAAGUUUGCCCAAUUUGCUCACAAGUAAGGAGGUAACAGCAACAGCAGCCAAGUGUAGCAGUGGUGUGAGGGGAAAGCAUUGGGGUGAAGGUUAGAGAGAUGGAAGGCAGGGAAACCCCCCCACCCCUUUUUCUUUUCCUGCCUUUCUUCUCAGCUGGAGCUCUGCUAGAGCUCAUGACAUCAGCAUAAUCCCCUUUCCUGCCUUUUUUCAGGCCGUCAUUUUUUGUUUAAUAAGUAAGUGGAAUAUUGAAAUAGCAAUGCAUCAAUAUGGCAUUGUAUUAAAGUAGUGCUAUGCAAGUUAGGGAAAUACUAUAAAAAAAGAUGACAACAGAGAUGGGGGAUUUGCUAUUCUCCCUUUUGAUGUCACAACCCACCUAAUAUGUCACAGGGUUGUCACAUCAGAGAACACUGCCCACAGCUCCAUAUGGAUGCGAGCUAACUGUCCACACAGGCUUCAUGAUGGGAUAAAUAGCUGAAUUGUAUACCCAAAAGCCUUAGCGAUAUGCCAGAAAGAAGCGGGACAGCUGUUAAAGGAGCAGAUGAUUUGAUCUAUGUGGAAACACAUGUGGAUGCCAUACUUUGGUUCAAACCCAAGUUUACCUACAGUGAUUCAAAUACCCAUAUAUAUGCUGUGUGGCAGAUAUAAGGGAGGCAGUGUCAUGUCAUUUUCAAGGGGGGAGAGUAAAGCUUGUGUUACAGCAUAAGUUACACCAAUUUCUCAAAAAAAAGUAUCCCCCCCCCCUUCAGAUGGUGUCAGUCUUUCUGCCUCAUUGUCAGGGCACUUUGGUUCUUUUUCCCUUUUUUUAAGGUUACAGUAAUAAUUUCAACUUGGCUGAGGGUACUGCAUUCAUAUUUAUUCUUUUUGUGAAUAAUCUCUUCCUCACUUUGAAACUUCCCUGAUUAUCGCACUUCCUGAUUGGAAAAAACAUUGUGAAGAGAGUUACCUUAACACAUUUUCCCUCAGUUUUAAUUGUGAAUAAGUCGGACAGGGUGGGGUGGGGGGAGACUGCAAGCUGCCACAGAGAUAACUGUAUGGUGAAGGACAAGAUAUGUACACUUCUUAGCCACCUCAUAAGUAAGGUAAGCACAAAAAUCCUGAACUUCACCCAUGAGAAUUUCUCCUGUUUUUCCUCUUCUGAGGAAAAUGAGAAUGGUCUAAAUUUCUUACAGGAGAGACAUUUUUUAGGAAAAACAUUACUUGAAAACCUCAUCAAAUUGCUUUCAGACCAUGGUGAAAAGGAAGCCCUGAGCCACAAUUAAUGAUGGUGUUGACCACUUAAUUAAUUGUGAUGAAGAUGAAGGGACCAUAGAGGUAUGCAGACAAGUGCUUAUCUGCAUCAGCUCCUGACAAAUCCUUAACUUAGACAACUGUAUUUCCCUCCAUUUAAAUCAUAUACAGACAAAGCCUUUUACUCAAUACAGUCUUUACUUUUUAUUUGUUCAUUACUUUUUUGUCAGUCUGAGAUGUUUGUUUUUCCUCAAAGAAAAUAAAGCUAAUAAUGGAUGUGAUGUUUCAACUGUGGCAUUGUGUUUUGGAAGAUGAUCUGACUCUUACAGAGCUCAGCUGAAAUGAUUAACAGUCUCUGCAUUACAUUGCUGUACCUUGUUGAUAAUUUCAUAAUGUUAAAGUCCAGGAAGAUGUGUUUAUUUCCAAAGAAUGCUGGAACGUUAACCCAUAUGCUUAUCCUUUUUGGGUAAUCUUGCAUAAUCAAAAAUUAUACCAAAGUAUUGCUUCUGUCUCUUAGGUUUCUGCUGUGUAGUUCUGUGUGUCUCCAUUACCUGUCCCAAUUAUUCCAGAAAUCAAUGAGUCAGAUUGCCAAAAACUGUAACCACUCUCUUCAUGUAAGAGGUCUGAAUGCCUCACUGGGAUAAACUGGUUUGAAAAUACACCUGCUCUUAGACAAAGGGAUAGGAGUGUUUUCAUUCUGUAAGCUAACUUCUACACUAGACACUGUGUUUACAAACAAAAUUAUAUAACUGCCUACAGAGAUGUGAAACAGUC